GGUCUGUAUGAGCCCCAGUUCCUCUUUCUCUCUCCACCCCACAGCCUCUUUGAUGCCGUCUCCUCCCUGAUCCGGAAUAAAAUCCACCGCCUCCCCGUCAUCGACCCCGACUCGGGCAACACUCUCUACAUCCUCACCCACAAACGCAUCCUCAAGUUCCUCAAACUCUUUAUUGCAGAGGUCCCAAAACCCGAGUUUAUGGCCCGGACUCUGGAGGAGCUGCAGAUCGGUACCUACAGCAACAUCGCCGUGGUGAGCACCAGCACUCCCAUCUACGUGGCUCUGGGCAUCUUUGUGCAGCACCGUGUGUCUGCUCUGCCUGUGGUCGAUGAUUCGGGGCGGGUGGUGGAUAUCUACUCCAAGUUUGACGUUAUCAAUUUGGCUGCUGAGAAGACCUACAACAACCUGGACGUGACGGUGACGCGGGCGCUGCAGCACCGCUCCCAUUACUUCGAGGGCGUCCUCAAAUGCUACAAACACGAAACGUUGGAAGCCAUCAUCAACCGCCUGGUGGAGGCCGAGGUGCACCGUUUGGUGGUGGUGGAUGAGAGCGACGUGGUGAAAGGCAUCGUCUCCCUCUCGGACAUCCUCCAAGCCCUGGUUCUCCCAGAGGGCUCCGAGCCCUGAGCGGUGCUGUGGGGGGGACUCAGCCCAGCCCGGUGCCCCCCACCCUCCCCUCCUGCCCCGGGGGGGUUCCACUCACCAGCAGCAGCAGCAAUAAACC